AUGUUGUACUUCCGAAUUAGGCGUGGCCAAGAAUACCUGCUAUCGCUGAACCGACGGGUAGGAGGAAGAAACAGUGGGAUGGGUACAAUGGCCAGGUUAUUUCUGUCCUCCGUGGGGGGGAGGACACCCCCAUCAGCGGGAGGAGGUACGGAAGGGGUGGCAACACGGCAGAAGGUACCUGCACCUGAGGUACCAAAUGUGGAGGGCCGAGGUAGAGAUGCAGCGAAACAACACCCACGGGCAGACCGUCCAGCCAGUUUGCCAUCCACCGAAGCAGAUGACGAUGCAGUGACGAAGGAAAUUUAUAAAAAAAUAUUGAGAGAGCAUAAGCUUCUCCGUGGAAGAAGAACUAGCAUUAACGACAAUAAGAAAAAAAAAAGCAGUGACAUGGUGAGGAGUGCAAGAAGUACUACCUCAGUUGAUAUGCACACGAGUCGUAUACGCGAAAUGGGCCAGGAGAAAGUUCUCUCGUUGGUAAAAAGUCAAUCUCGAGGGGAAAUUCAGAUUGAGGCCAAUAAUGGACAAGUGGAAAAAAGAAAAGACCUCACAAAUGGAGAUCCCCCAGGAGGGAAGAAACCGGAUGGAUUGAUACCCCGCAAAGCUAACCACAUUGUUAUGAAACCAAAAACAGACACCUCUGUCGAAUGCACACAGGACAAAAAUAUAAACAAUAUGCUCAACAUAAGUAAACACAACAAAAUAAGUAUCAGUGAAAAAAAAAAAAAUGAUCAUUUUUUUAAAAUUUUUUUUUCAUCCAAAAAGGUGAAAAUAAUAAAGUCACAAAACCACCCCAUUUUUAUCCACCUGUACAAGCUAGCCACUGAUGGGAAGUAUCGAGAGAAGCAACAAAAAAUAUUACUGACCUGCAAGAAGAUGAUCCUGGAGAGAGAAAAAAACCACAUUGCACGUAUUUACACAAACAGCAUCGACAAUUUAAAGGACUUUCGUUGCUUCGAUAAUUUUAUACUUUUGUCAAACAGACUGCUCAAACGAGUUGCUUUUCUUUAUUCCUUUAAAAACGGCGUCCUGGCUGAAGUGGCGCACACGUUCCAGUACGACGAUGUGGGUCUCCCGCGCUUGGCCCUUUGCUUCUACAACGUGAACUGCGGCGGGGGGGGAAGAAGUUACGAAAACGUUAAAGGAGAAGGGGUAGAAGGGGAAUAUGCAGGUGGCGGGGACCACCCCGAUGUGGAGACCAACUUGUUUAAUAGAAGAACCCCCACAGGGGUAUCCACUGAACUUUUGUGCAACGGAGAUAUUGGGACGCUCAUUAGGAGUUGCUUCCUGCUCAAGUGGCAGUGCGUGUUUAAUGUGGAAGGACUGGGCCAUAUGCAGAGGGGGAAGACUAAGGCGAGCAAAGUGUCACCGUCAUCAUCAGCAUCACCAUCAUUAGAGGCGGCCCGGGGGGGGAGUACGGGUUGGCCAAAUGUAACGACUCCACGCAGUGCUACCCGGAAGAAGCCAAACAUAAACGAUAUUUACAAUAUCGACUUUUUCCAUCCCUUGACUCUGCGCGCCUCGGCGGGCCACCUGCUGGACAUCCCCUACAAGAAGAUAGCCUUCACCGAGCUGCUCAAAUACGCCAGAGAAAACAAAAUACUUUUACUCAAGUACAGGAUGGGAGGGCGCGAAGGAAUUGAUCGUGACCGAGAUCAGAGCUGUUACGACAACGGAGGUGAGCUGUAUGUCCACUAUGGAGGGGGGAGCCAUUCCGAGCAGAUGAAGCCCUUCUUAAAUUUGCUCGCCAAAGCCAAGGGGGUGUUUCUCCUCCUGGACAACUGCAAUAACAUUGAGAAGGAGUACCCAGUGGUUGACCCCAAUUAUGUGCACACUGGGCCAAAUAUUCCCCACUCGAAUGAAGACAGAACCUUCGAGCGAGUGUACUAUGUGAACUUGGUAAACAAUAAGGAGGAGCCCCUGGGCGUCGUCGCGGCGUACUCCAUCCUUAUGUACAUCCUCAAGACAAACUUCUUCCGACACGUCCCGCAGUCGUGUUACGUGUGCGCGGAGUGA